CCAGGAAAGUUGCGGCGCCUCCGGUCGGCAGCUGUGGCGGCGGCAACAUGGACGACCUGGAUGCAUUGCUAGCAGACCUGGAAUCGACUACCUCCCACAUCUCCAAGCGGCCAGUCUUCCUAUCAGAUGAAACAUCAUAUUCCUACCCGACUGGGAAUCAUACAUACCAGGAAAUCACUAUACCUCCCCCUGUGCCACCACCUCCUUCUAAUGAAGCCUUGAAUGGAACCGUGACCGAUCCUCUAGACCAGUGGCAGCCGAGCAUCUCCAGAAAUAUUCAUCAGCAGCCGCAGUCCCAGCCUCCUGCAUACAGCUCCAGUGCCUCUGUUUCCAGAGAGUGUAUCAUCUCUCCUACACGUGCUAGUGACGAGGAGCACGUCUACAGUUUCCCUAACAAGCAGAAGUCUGCCGAACCCUCUCCCACCCUCAUGAGCUCCUCGCUAGGCAAUAACCUGUCAGAACUGGACCGACUGCUACUGGAACUGAAUGCUGUUCAACACAAUCCUCCUAGCGGCUAUUCAGCAGAUGAAACCACAAGGAGCCCCUCGUUGCCCAGUGGGACUGGCUCUCACUAUGGCAUCCCGGAGAAUGCUACCUCUUUGAACACAAAACCAGCAGCCCCUGUGAAAGAGAAACCCAAGCGGAAUGGAGGGCAUGACAUUGAGGAUGUGUGUCCUAGCGUGGAGAGCCUUUUAGAUGAACUGGAGAGCUCAGUGCCUAGCCCAGUUCCAGCCAUCACUGUGAAUCAAGGCGAGAUGAGCAGCCCCCAGCGGGUCACCUCCAGCCAGCAGCAGACUCGCAUUUCUGCCUCUUCAGCAACGAGGGAACUGGAUGAGCUGAUGGCUUCACUUUCUGACUUCAAGUUCAUGUCCCAAGGGAAAGGCGGGAAUAGCUACCCAUCCUCUACUCCUCCAAAACCUGGCAGCCAGUUGGACAGCAUGCUUGGAAGCCUCCAAUCUGACUUGAACAAACUUGGUGUAGCGACCGUUGCCAAAGGUGUCUGCGGAGCAUGCAAGAAGCCAAUUGCUGGGCAGGUUGUUACAGCGAUGGGGAAGACGUGGCACCCAGAACACUUUGUCUGCACCCAUUGCCAGGAAGAGAUAGGGUCACGGAACUUCUUUGAGCGCGACGGCCAGCCCUACUGCGAGAAGGACUAUCAUAACCUCUUCUCUCCGCGCUGCUACUACUGCAAUGGACCCAUCUUGGAUAAAGUAGUGACUGCGCUGGAUCGGACAUGGCACCCAGAGCACUUCUUCUGUGCCCAGUGUGGAGCAUUCUUCGGCCCUGAAGGCUUUCAUGAGAAGGAUGGUAAAGCCUAUUGUCGCAAGGAUUACUUCGACAUGUUUGCCCCAAAGUGUGGAGGUUGUGCACGGGCCAUCCUGGAAAAUUACAUCUCUGCCUUGAAUACCCUUUGGCACCCUGAGUGUUUUGUCUGCCGGGAAUGUUUUACUCCCUUUGUCAAUGGCAGCUUCUUUGAACACGAUGGGCAGCCUUACUGUGAGGUGCAUUACCACGAGCGCCGUGGCUCGCUGUGCUCUGGCUGCCAGAAGCCAAUCACUGGGCGCUGCAUUACAGCGAUGGGCAAGAAAUUUCAUCCUGAACACUUUGUCUGUGCCUUUUGCCUCAAGCAGCUCAACAAAGGAACCUUCAAGGAGCAGAAUGACAAGCCCUACUGUCAGAAUUGCUUCCUGAAACUCUUCUGCUAAAGGCUGAUGUCAGCUGGCAUGUUUUUGCUUUCUUGCCAAGAAGACCCCCUCCACCUCUUUGGACUUGGCCACAAUACAGCAAUCAGUGGUCUUGGUGGGCUGGAAGAGGAGAAAAGAAAAACUGUGUGUGUAUGUGGCGUGUGUGUGUGUGUGUGUGUGUGUGUGUGUGUGAAUGGUGGGAUGGGGUGGGAUGGAAUGGGAUGGAAUGCUUACCUGCUGUUCUGGAAGGAUGAGGAACCCAAAGAGAGGUGCACAACGGUCCAUUCAGUUCAAAGUUGUAUUUUAGCAGGGAAAACGCUGAGGCUGCUGCUUAACAGGAGAGCCAGUUUGGUGAGUGAGCCAGUUUGGUGUAGUGGUUAAGAGUGCUGGGACUUUAAUCUGGAGAACUGGGUUUGAUUUCCCACUCCUCCACUUGAAGGCAGCUGGGUGACCUUGGGUCAGACACAGCUCUUCAGAGCUCUCUCAGCCCCACCUACUUCAUAGGAUGAUUGCUGUGGGGAUAAUGAUAACAUACUUUGAAAACCACUCAGACUGGGUGUUCAGUUGUCCUGAAGGGUGGUAUAUAAAUCGAAUGUUGUUAUUAUUAACUUAGCUGAGCCAAACUGAGUGGGUUCAUUCAGGUUCUGAAAGACAAUCUUGAGCUGCUUGCUUUGUGGUUUGACAAAAAGGAUUCAGACAACCACUCAAAGUGUAUUCCGCUUGGGGACAAGAGAUGUGAAUUCUCCUCUUCCAAAAACACACGGGAGGAUCAGGAGAGCAGAUAUCCCACUUUCUAGUGAUGUGUGAUGACGGCCAUAUUUGUAGGUGCUGAUCUGUGCAAAGUUCUUUGUGAUGGAAUCCCUUAGACCUUCUUUCCAGCCUCCGUUCCUUUAAUACUGCGGGAAACCAAGGCUGAAGUGUCAAGAUGGAUGCCAAGUAUUCUGCCAUCAUAUUUAUGCACAGGAUGAAGUAUCUCUCUCACUGAAAGGGGGACAUCUUUUCUGGGAUGCUGAAUUUUCCACUAUGGCUAUCAUCCGCUCCCAGACAUUCUCCAAUUCGAGGCGCUUUGGUUGGACAUAACAGAGUAAUACGAUUAUUUGUGUGAGAAAAUCCAGAUAAGCAGGUCAUCCCAGCCCUCCUAGAAAGCAAAGUUUUCAUGCCAGGAUGCAACCCAUUUGCUGGUUUCCUCCAGAAGGCAAGAGAAGCUAUAUAUCAGCAUUAGUUUUUAUCCUUUCUGUAUUUUUAUUAAACAAUCCUCUCUCUUGCUCUUGUUUAACAUGCCUUAUGGAGGCAGUCUUCUGAGCAAUAAUUCUUUCAUCUGUUGACUUACUAGUUUAAUGAAUCCUUCAGUUCUCCCUCUCCAUGGUGGUUUGUGUGUGUGUGUGUGUGUGAGAGAGAGAGACGUGACUUUUGCUAUCAAACCGAAUACUGUGUGUUUGGGGCUGGGGGGCUGGGUCUGGGUGGGGGAAUGUUGAUUUCUACACUGAGUAUUGAAUUCAUAACAGAAUGACUUUUAAAUAUCUUAUACGGAAAUUUAGUUUUUUUAAAAAAUGAUUUUCAACUGAUGACUUUCAUAUCUGAUUAUUCUGGGCAGGGCCCCAGGGGUGUUGGUUCCUGCAUCUUAGAGCUUCAGUGCUUUUGUUAAACACAACUAUUAACAUAACUAUCGUCUUUUUUAAAAAGGGGGGGAUGGGUGGGGUGGGUUGAAGGGAAUGUGCAAACUGUGUGUGUGUGAUGUGCGAAAUGGGUUGGGAUGAUAUUUUGUUUUUGCUUAUUAAGUAGCCUGUCCAUUGAUGAGAGCUCAACUGGAAAUGAUUUUUUUUGAAUAACCUGUAAACUGCUGUAUUUGGAAUUACUUGCCUUUCUCUCAAAGCUUAGAGUUCUGGAAUUUUAGGCGAGUCUUAAUUUACAUCAGUAGGGAGAAAGAGCUAACUCAUCUGGGGUUGAGUUUCAUCGUCUCUAUCAGCUGCUAAUAUAAGGCCCUGGAUAUCAACAUGCCAUAUAAUGCUACCCUGGGUGGUGGCUAGCCUUUUUGUGUGUGGCAAGCAUGCCAUAUCUCAUGUCCAAAGUAUAAGAGACUGCAACUUGAGUGUUCAUUGAACUAUGUAGACAUGCAUGCACAGUGGUGCCUUGGCGUACUUUUGUUUCUACUGAGCAUGCAAAGAAGCAAGUAGUAAGGUAGGGGGUGACAGGAGGACUGACCUUGGAUUUAUGCUAUAUAGAGUCCUGGAGGUCCUAUACUAGUCCAGGAGUGGCACAAGUACCCUCUUCUUGUGUUGCUGGAACUUCCCACCACCUUCUACUGCUAGUUGGCUUCUCAUGUUACUAUCUCUGGGCUCUCUGUCUCAAAGGACAGGUAUCUAAAUUAAGUGAGCUCCAUUCACCUCAGAUUAUGAGGCACAAUUAGGCAGGCUUAAGUCUUGUGAACUGAGAACCAAAUGGAGAAAAAUGAGCUUCUAGCUACAGCAACCACAGAGAGUUUCAGGUAGGUCGCUGUGUUGAUCUGCAGUAGAACAGCAGGGUUUGAGUCCAGUAGCAGCACCUUAGAGGCCCUGAACAUCUUGUUGGUCGGUAAGGUGCUACUAGCCAGAAUCACUUAAUGUGGUAUAUGGCUACUUUUUAGCCAGCUUGUGUAAGUUUUCUAUACCCAGCUGCAUUUCUGCAGGGAUGGGAAAUGAAGCAACACAAAAAUAGACACUGAGUGGUUUGGAGAGCAAUUCGCUGGGUUGGUUAGAUGCAGUUUGGAAUGAAGGACGAAGACAGACAUAUCUGGGUGGAUCCAGCCGUCCUCCAGGCAGCCCUCCUCUAGCACAAAAAGCCUUCUUCCACUUGAAUUGGCACUUCCUCCACUGCAAGAGUCACUUAAUUUGGAGGAAGUCUUCAUAGAUUGGAGGGGGGUUUCAAGCUUAGACCAAAUGGAGAGGUGAUGUAAAGAGAUUUUAAUAAACUUUGGUCAGUGGAGUGAUAGGGUAGAGGUAGGAUCCAUCCCGUCUUCUGCCAGGAGCUGUUUUUCUGCUGUAGGGUAAGCUCUGCUCUCCCUGUUACUCUUCUGACAAAAUUUUGAUUAGGUGCCAGUGCAGAUUCCCUUUCUUCCUACAUCCUUCUGUCAAGAUUUUUUGGCCUUUCCUAAAUAUUUGGCCUAUUGAUCCUGCUUAUUUGGCGCCUUUCUUUAAAAAAAAACUUGAUGCAUUGCUCUGGGGAAUAGGGAGAGUGGCUUUGUGAAUGUCACAAGGAACAGCCAAUCAACACCAUGUACAGCAAGUUUUCCUUGUAAACUGGAAAAACGGAUUUCUCUUAUGCUAAGUUCGCUUUGGAAGUUUUUAUGCCUGUGAUCCUAAAAAGGGGCGAAGGCAGAUCCACCACGGGCUCACCACUCAAGAUACUUAGGUCUGCCUUCAUCCUGAUGAGUGAGUCUGCAUUGUUUGCAGACGUUGGUUAGUUCAGGCUGUAUAGGUUUGUGUGAAUUUGCAACUUUUGGAAGUCUGGGACAUUUUAUCUAUAGUAUUGGAGCCUCAUGGAGUGGCAGCCUGCUAGAGGAGGAUGUGCCAUUGUUUUCUCUGCCUUUCAGAAACUUUUGCCUCUUUAGGCCUUUGAUCUCUAUUUAACUCUUGUAAUAUAUCAGACUGAAAUGGGUCUCAAAGCUACAAUGAUUCUGGGAAGGAUAAGUGGGGGAUGUUUUCCUCUGGGUUGACAGAUUUCCCCCCCUCCUCCACCUUCCACUUUGUAAACUUCUAAUUUUGCUUUUUUUUCCUUUUAAAAUUCCUGUGAUGAUGCUAAUAAAAAUUUGCCAUAAAUUUCA